ACCGAAGCGGAUGAAAACAAACACUAACGAUGGCGGCGCCGGGAAGCGACCGGCUGCUGGGCUUAAGGCAGGAGUGAUCGCUUGAGCUGUGAGGAGAACUUUAAAGCGCUCGGGUCGACGUGAGUGCGAUUAACUCGCUCAGUCCCGACAGCGAAUACCAGGGCCUGCGAGCCGCGAGCCUCCUGAAGCGUGAGGUAUCUAUCUGUGACCGGCCGCUGUCACUGCUGCUCCGGAGCGCGGAACCCUCAGCCGGGAGGCGCAGCUGGCCGGCCCCAGGCCCCGGCCUUCGUAAUGAGAGCCCCGAGCCACUCUUUGCGUCGCAGCUUUGCAGGUGAGGGUGACUGUUGACUAGUGAAAAAAGGGACCCAAGGUUCACGACUAUCUUCUUACUGGCAGUGGAACGACCUGUGGAAACCUGCGAUCCAUUCUCAUUAAAUAAAUCUCUGGAUUCCCAUAGGCAAUGGAAACUGAUCUCAAUUCCCAGGACAGAAAGGACCUGGACAAGUUCAUUAAAUUUUUUGCCCUCAAGACGGUUCAAGUGAUUGUCCAGGCUCGACUUGGCGAGAAGAUUUGUACUCGUUCAUCUUCAUCUCCAACGGGUUCAGAUUGGUUCAAUUUAGCAAUCAAAGACAUCCCAGAAGUUACACAUGAAGCAAAAAAGGCUCUGGCAGGGCAGCUGCCUGCCGUUGGGAGAUCUAUGUGUGUUGAGAUCUCACUCAAGACGUCUGAGGGAGAUUCCAUGGAACUAGAAAUUUGGUGUCUUGAAAUGAAUGAAAAGUGUGAUAAAGAAAUCAAAGUUUCCUACACAGUGUACAACAGACUAUCAUUGCUGCUGAAGUCUCUGCUGGCUAUAACUAGGGUGACACCAGCUUAUAGACUCUCAAGGAAACAAGGGCAUGAAUACGUCAUAUUAUACAGGAUAUAUUUUGGGGAAGUUCAGUUGAAUGGCUUAGGAGAAGGUUUCCAGACAGUUCGUGUUGGGACAGUGGGCACUCCUGUGGGCACCAUCACUCUUUCUUGUGCUUACAGAAUUAACUUGGCAUUCAUGUCCACCAGGCAAUUUGAGAGGACCCCACCUAUCAUGGGGAUUAUCAUUGAUCACUUUGUGGACCGUCCCUAUCCCAGCUCCUCACCCAUGCACCCCUGCAAUUACAGAACUACUACUGGUGAGGACACUGGGGUAACAUAUCCUUCUGUGGAAGAUUCUCAAGAAGUGUGUACCACCUCUUUCUCCACCUCUCCUCCAUCCCAGCUAAUGGUUCCCGGGAAGGAAGGUGGGGUACCCCUUGCUCCCAACCAGCCUGCCCACGGUGCCCAGGCUGAUCAGGAGAGAUUGGCAACCUACACCCCUUCUGACGGGGCCCACUGUGCUGCCACACCUUCUAGCAGCGAGGAUACUGAAACUGUAUCAAACAGCAGUGAGGGACGGGCCUCUCCCCACGAUGUCUUGGAGACCAUCUUUGCCCGAAAAGUGGGGGCUUUUGUCAACAAACCCAUCAAUCAGGUUACCUUGACGAGUUUGGACAUACCCUUUGCCAUGUUUGCUCCCAAGAAUUUAGAACUGGAGGAUGCUGAUCCCAUGGCGAACCCUCCGGACUCCCCAGAGACCGAGUCUCCCCUCCAGGGCAGCCUGCACUCCGAGGGCUCCAGCGGCGGCAGCAGUGGCAAUACCCACGACGACUUUGUCAUGAUCGACUUCAAACCGGCUUUUUCUAAAGACGACAUUCUUCCGAUGGACCUGGGGACCUUCUAUCGUGAAUUUCAGAACCCCCCUCAGCUGAGCAGCCUCUCCAUAGAUAUCGGGGCACAGUCCAUGGCUGAGGACUUGGACUCACUACCAGAGAAGCUGGCUGUACAUGAGAAGAAUGUCCGAGAAUUUGAUGCCUUUGUAGAAACCCUGCAGUAAAAGUUGGUGUCCUCGAGUACCAGCAGCAUCCCCUUUUUGUGGUCGCAGGAGACAGAGAGCCUCCCACUCAUCAGCUGCUCCCAUUCCUCGUCUUGCUCCAAGCCAGGUGGAAGGGAGGCUGGUCUCCCCCAUGGGGACCCAGAAGUCCCUGCUCUUGCACCUCCUGGAGACUCCAUGGCAGCAGUUAAGCCCAUGUAGAGCAUUUGAGAGGACUCACUCACCCUCUGGCCUUGGAGAUGGGAAGGCCCUUUGUAACGCAAGGGCCGCUUCCAUGCCCAUCCGCAUGUGCUCCACAGAGGCUUCAUCAGUUCUUCCCGCAGCUGGCCCCUCGUCCGCCUGUCUGCCAUUAUCACCAACCAUUUGACAUUCCAGCUGGUGGCCCAGAGACUGGUGUGGAGGCAGCAAGAGGAAGGAGACAGUGGUGGGAGGAAGGAAAGCUCCUUCAGGCUCUCUUUGUUGUCUCCUUUAGUUCUGGUAUCGUCCUGUCUCUCCCCCUUUGCCCCUGUGCCUGUACUCUUGGCAAUAUGACAGGCCUUCUGCCCAAGAUGAGGACUUGAAAGUCAGCCAUUCCCACCCUUGCAGGUUGUGCCAGCCCCCUCCCUUAGCAGAGGGUCUGAGCAGCCCUGGUGGCUGCCUGUGCUCAGCUCCUCAGCUACAUAGAAACAGAGUCCUGUGUCUCUGGGAUUGGGAGUCACAGAAAAGGGUCUUCUCUUUCUUCUCUUCCCUCACCCUGUUGCUGCUCCUUGGUUAUAGAACAUGGUAAAUAUUUAUUACUUUCAAAGAAGUCAUAUUUUAUAGAGAAAUUAUGUUUAAGGUUAGUUGUUUUCACUUGGGGAAGGUGAAGGGCCUCUUCCUGGGGCAGGGCUUCCUCCCAUGGAGGUUCCUCAGAUUCCAGGUUGCUGCUCUGGGGAUCUUCCUUCCCAUAUGUGUAAGGUGGGAGCCAAGAAUGGGGCUGGGAGGGCAACAGAGCCUUCCAGACUUGCUGCAUUUGAACUGACAACAGGCUUUACCUUAGACACCUCCAUGCUCCUGGUGGGAGCCUUGGCUCUCUCAGCUCCUGCAGUGGCUGACUGUUCGGGCAGCCCAGGGAGCCCUGAGUGCUGCAGUGCUUCCUGAGAGUUGUGCUGCAUACCGUGCCCAAGGGCAUUCUGUGUGCCCCACUGGUGGGCCCGGGGAAGUCCAGACAAACUCCUCCUGGAGUACUUGUUCCUGUUUCUCAGGGCUGGGUUAUGGGUCCUUUCUCCUUUUGCCUGGGCCUGGCCACUGCUCUCCUUUAACCCCAGGGUCUGUACACUGCCCUGAGGUUGACUGGGUUGCAUUGGUUCCUUGUUGAGAAACUAAAGCUGGGCAUAUGAUUGACUCAACCCUUCAUGUAUUGUUACUUGGGUAAGUCAAGGGGCCCAGCCUCACCCACCUAUGCCAUCUGUCCCUCUCCCAACCUAACUGAUAGUCCUGGCAUGGAAACUAGGCCUGGCUUAUUCCUCCUGAUCCAGCUGGGGUAUUUAUCGACAGCAGCUAUUCUGCAUUGGCUCAAUGGCCCUCAAUUGCUUGUUGGUAAAUGCAUGUGACACUGUUCCCACCUACAAAGGUGUUUGAGUGGGCUCUGUACUGACUCCGUUAGGCUGAGCCCUACCCCAUGCAUGAGAGAAGUGUUCCCAGCAGUGAUGUCCAACUGGCCCUCCUGUCCUUGGGCCAGAGCACACCCAUGGCCCGCUAAACCAAUUCACAGCCCCAGGCCCAUUGUAAGUUAUUCACUGCCCCCCACCCAGCCCGUGUCUCAGCCACUGCGUUCGUUUUGAGGCCGAGCGUGGAAAGGCCAGUUAGCUGUUGUCCUCCUUGACUUCUAAUUAUUGGCCUGUAUGGGCAGCAGCCUUUCUUCAGGACCCCAUCAGUGAGAGGCCAGGGAGGCUAAGCCCUGACUUGGAGCUGAGCCUGGGAGAAGCAGAGCAGUUGCCAAGGCCGGCCCUUGCCCCUCGGCCUGUACAAUAAGAGGUAUGAGCCCUAGACUGACUUCUGCAGCACCUGGGGCUAGGACUGGGACCCGUCAUCUCUCUAUAGGUGGCAGAGUCCCUCCUCUUCUCCAGCCUACCUUGUUUGGAAAUAUUGAGUUAUACUUUAAAAUGCAUUCAAGAGAUUUCCAAUAAAUUUUUUUUUCUGUA